AUGACUUUACUACUACCCGGCGAAACAUGGGACGAGGCAGAGAUACGCCUUGGAUUCCGACUAGAGCGGGCGCCUCCCAAAAUGCACGAGGCAUCUUCACAAGAAAUGAGUGCUCGUGGGAAGGCAUGGUUAGCAACCGAACCACUUUGGUCUGCGGAAAGUCGGAUGGGUCCUGAGCCCUCAUGGACCGGGGUGAAAAUCAUGGGCGAAGGCGGGAAUGGCACAGCGGGAAAAUGGAGAUUGACAUAUCGCCAACCGCCGGAGGGCACUCCAGGAAGAAUGCCAUUCGAAAGUAUAGUUGUGAAACAGCAAGCGGGAGGCUGGGGAGACUUGAGAGAUGAAUCGGAAAUAUACGAGCUGCUGCGUCACACAAACUCUCAACAUCUGGUGAAGAUGUUUCGGAAAAUAUAUGAAGAUCGAGGUCUUAACACGGUAUAUGCGGAUAGAGACGGUCCUGUACACAGGAUAUAUCUAGAAGAUUGUGAGGCGGGAGACCUCUCCAGUAGGGUUUUUGAGCGCUUCGUGGAUAGAUUUGUAUUUGAUGAAAAUGAGAUAUGGGAUACCUUCCAUUGUAUAGCCCGCGGCUUAUACGCUAUGCAUUGUGGACACGAAGAUCUCAAGGAAGACCGAUGGGAUCGGGAUGAGAUAGUUCAUUUUGAUUUCAAAGCUCAAAAUGUUUUCAUGGGCGCUGGGGUCAGAGAUGAUGAACAUAGAGGAGCUCUUGUAAUGAAGAUUGGUGAUUAUGGGCAUACCGCGGAGGUGCCCCUUGAGCAAGACCUACUUUACAAUUUCAAAAAAAGACGCCUUGGAACAGAAAGGUAUAAAUUACCUGAACAACUUAGAACUCGAGAACGACCGUUGGAAAGACCGUGGAUGGAUCCAAUGCCUAAAUCCAUGCGCGACGCAGGCGAUGGAAACAUCCUCAAUAAUCUUCGCUAUGGAACUCACUCGAACAUAUGGCAACUCGGACUGAUCAUAUGGCAGAUGAUGCAUACAACUGAAUGGUGCCAGGAUGGAAACCCAUCACUUACAUAUCGGGCUGAACCCAAUAUGCAAUGGGAUGGCGAAAGAGGGCACCGACAGCCUGGCCCCCCGGGAAGAUUCACACUUAAACUUUAUAAAGUAGCAAAUACCUGGCUAGGAUUGAAUGAAGAAGUAGGUGGAGUGCAUACACUUGCUACACAAGACGAUAUAGAUUUCUACAAUGGAAUGUACGACGCACUCCCAUUUGAACCCGAAAUAGACCCAGACCAGCCUGAAGAGCAAAAAGCUAUGGCUAAGACAAAGAGAAGGAUCGAAAAUAGAGCCAGGGCAGCAAUUCGCAAGGAACGGUUAUACAGUGAAACUCUACACAAAUUGGUAAUGGAUUGUCUGAUCGUACAAGGCGAAGCUCGAAUUCACAUCGAAGAUUUAUACCGAAAAACGCAACAGAUGAAGAACAUGUAUCAAGGAUUAGUAGCACCAAUGCUUCCAGCUCCCUAUUCUCCUGAACCCGACCUCGGAGAGCUUCCCGCCCCAUGGAACGACAUCACAACUAAGCCAGGAGGAGGCCUCGGCAAGCCUGUGGCUGAAGAAGAAGAAACCUACCCACUCGAUCUUUUUGAACUGUUUUAUGCGAACGCGGAGCAUGAAAAGGUAGAAGAUGCCAUAAACUGGGCUCGAGAGAAUCCUAUUAUCCACAUGUCCGAUUAUGAGGCUCAUCAUGCACACGAGCUCAUCUUGAGAAACAGACAAUCGUUAACCAACUACGUGGCGGAAUCAAGGCGUGCCCGGGGCCAACGAAUUAAACCACAAUACAAAGUGCCUGCUCCUUUUCCAGAAAACUGGAAACAUGGAACACCAGAGGAUAAUCCAAGAGGUGGUCCUCAGGGCAGUCUUUCUCCGCCUAGGGGUUUUGAGCAACAACGUGGUACGCUAAGAAUCACGAAUCCUGGCGGAGGACCCCCACUUUCUGCAGUAGAUGAAGGUGAUGAACGGCCAACUCACAAUCAAGGCAAUCCAGCAGGACCUAGAAGAUUCUCUUAUGAAGGUGACAGCACGCCAAGUUUAUUGAGAUUAUAUGGGUCUACGCCUGAACACAUGAAACCAGUGGACCUCGGGAAGACUCCCGAACACAUGAGAGGGCCAGCAAGACCAGCCGGUAAUGUGGGAGCAGAUAUCGGAGAUCUUGGAGGUUUCGAGAGCGUAAGAAUAACGAGCGCAUCAGGCGGAGGACAAGAGGGGCACAGGUUUGGAACUCAGUCUUCUAUGGAGUCUGUAGAUCUCGGAGGAGGAAUCGUAAUAGGUGGAGCAGGAAGAAGGGCGUCCCGGAAAAAAUCUUCCGAAAAAGUCGUUUGGCCCGAGUUUCCCCUUGGCUUACAGGAAGAUGUCGACGAACCCUUUCUACUCCGUGUCCUUGCAAUCCCUGCACUCAAGGAUUCGAUUUUAGUUUGCACCGUUAUUGAGUUCAGGGGCAACGAGGAAGUUCUAAGAGGCAUUAUAUACUUGCCCGGAUUACUGGACAGUACGACGAUAUAUGACAUGAAAGAAAUGCUGACCGAGAGAGAGACAGGAAUUCCGGUAAUACACAUGAAGUUGAUGGGAAAUGAUCAUUUAUCGGUUUUUAGAGAAUUCGAGGACGAUGAGGAGAGAACAGCGAUUAGUGGGAUUGAGAUUUUUGUUUACGAUAUUAGAGAGGGCUAA